CUCGAGCGCAUUGAGCGUUCGCUCGGUUUCCUUGCAAUUCGCUGAAAAAUACGUGUUUUUUUUUUUAAUAAUUUUUUACUCCAAAACCCAUCAUUACUUUGUAAAUUAUUACAACGAAAUUAAUAUAAAGUACACAAGUGCAAUACAAUGGGACGGUAUAGGAGCCGCAGCAGAGACCGCGAUCGACGUAGAAGAUCCAGAAGUCGUUCCAGAAGCAGAUCGCCUCGUGACAGACGAGGAUGGGGUGGUGGCGGAGUAAGAGACCGAGGUAGCAACCGAGGAGGUCGCAAUCAGCCAGGAGCGAGUCUGAGGAAGCCUCGCUGGGACUUGGGGCGUCUAGAGCCAUUCAAGAAAGAUUUUUACGUGCCUAGUGACACAGUAUUGAACCGCGACCCGCGUUACAUCGAGCAAUAUAGAAGCGAAAAGGAGAUAACCCUCCGGGGAAAAUGUAUACCCAAUCCAGUGUUUAGCUUCGAAGAGGCCGGAUUUCCGGAUUAUGUUAUGAAAGAGAUAAAACGUCAAGGCUUCAAAGAGCCUACGUCGAUCCAAGCACAAGGAUGGCCAAUCGCUCUGAGCGGACGUGACAUGGUUGGAAUAGCCUCGACUGGCUCCGGGAAAACUCUGUCGUACAUUUUACCGGCUAUUGUGCAUAUCAACAGCCAGCCGAAGCUUCUGCGUAAGGAUGGACCGAUUGCUCUGGUACUGGCUCCAACCAGAGAGCUUGCUCAACAAAUCCAACAGGUUGCGGAUGACUUUGGUCACACGUCUGGCAUAAGGAAUACUUGUUUGUACGGAGGAGCUCCGAAGAGUUCCCAAGCAAGAGAUUUAGACAGCGGGGUGGAAAUUGUUAUUGCUACUCCGGGAAGACUCCUCGAUUUUCUCGAGUCCAGUCGGACGAACCUCAAGAGGUGUACAUAUUUAGUGUUGGAUGAGGCUGAUCGUAUGUUGGACAUGGGCUUCGAACCGCAAAUAAGAAAAAUUAUUGAACAAAUUAGACCUGAUAGGCAGACACUCAUGUGGUCUGCUACUUGGCCAAAAGAGGUUAAAAAUUUAGCUGAAGAUUUUCUUAAGGACUACGCACAGAUUAAUGUUGGAUCGCUACAAUUGUCGGCUAAUCACAAUAUUUUACAAAUUAUUGACGUUUGUCAGGACUAUGAAAAAGAAGCAAAGCUAAGUACACUGUUAAAAGAAAUAAUGGCUGAAAGCGAAAAUAAAACGAUUGUAUUUAUUGAAACAAAACGCAGAGUAGAUGAAAUAACGAGAAAAAUGAAACGUGAAGGAUGGCCAGCUGUUUGCAUUCACGGUGAUAAAACUCAACAAGAACGUGAUUGGGUUUUACAAGAUUUUCGAUCUGGUAAGGCUCCAAUUCUUGUAGCAACUGACGUAGCAGCUCGUGGGCUAGACGUUGAAGACGUGAAGUUUGUGAUAAACUUCGACUAUCCAUCUUGUUCAGAAGAUUAUGUUCACCGUAUCGGUCGUACAGGCCGCCGUCAAAAAACCGGGACAGCUUAUACAUUUUUCACACCCAAUAACUCUAAUAAAGCCAAUGACCUAAUUCAAGUAUUAAAGGAGGCUAAUCAGGUUAUUAAUCCGAAAUUAUUAGAGCUUGUAGAUAGCCGGGCUGGAAUGUUUGGACGACAGAAAGUCGGAUUUAAUGCAGGUGGUAGAAAUCGAUGGCGUGCUCGUGGUCCUCGGAGUGGAAAGGACCGAAGCUACUCUCGAAGUCGCAGCCGGAGUUUCAGUAAAGAACGGAGCAACGGACGAGGAAGAAGAAGUUACAGUCGCAGCUACUCGAGGAGCCGUAGCCCGGUGACUAAUCGUUCAGGCAAGUCGUCGGCAAGUCCAACGGGUGAGGACACUUUUUCGACUCGGACUCUGUCAAUAAAACCUCCUCCGCUUCAUACCGCACCACCGCCUCCUCUUCCACCUCUUCCAACGACCUUACCUCCACCUACUAUCUUACCACCUCUGCCUUCUGAGCCGGAAGAACGGUCAUCGGGAAGCACGAUUCUUCACCAUCAUCGGCAAAGUCCGAUGGUACCCCAUCUACUUCGCACGGGAGCAGCGAGCCUGCCGGGGCCAACCGUAGCCUCAAGCUAUCAUCAUCGUCUCGGUGAGGACGGAUCCUCACCUAACGUUAAUAUUUUAGCGUCGAUGCCUUCGCUACCCGGUCCCGGCGGCGGCGGCUUGGGGGUUACCUACCCUAAUGGGAUUUCGUACUAUCAUCUGCCCCCGCAGCAGCCUAUGCACUCCACCAAUGGCUUUCACCGCUAGCGGCCGAACUUCCGCUCUGCCGAAGAAUUCAUUGGAAAGAGUUAUUGGAGCAGCGAGAGGUGAUCAAUGUCAAAGAAUCUCCACAUUAAUUAACGCCAAGUUUUAAUGGGCCUGAGCAAAUUAUAUUGUGACAACAUCAGCACAAUUGAUAUUGUUUAUUUGACGAUACAUUGCUUUUAACUUAAUUGACAUUUGAUAUUCUAUGUAUUUUAUUUAAGGAUAAUUAACUUUUUGUAAUAAUUUCAUGAUAUUUUUUAUUUUAAUUUUCAAUUUUAUUUUAUAAAACAAAUUUUCUUUAAAAAAAAAAUUUAUCGCAUAGUUUUAAAUAUUUUUAUGAAAUGUAUUAUUUUUAAUAAAUUUUUAAACUACUAAUUACUAUUCA